AUGGCGUUGCGAGAUACAAAAGGCCGGUUCACAGCGAAGAAAUUAACGAAGAACAAGUGCAAAAGAUCACGAUCAACUUGUAAUGAUCGAGGCCCAUGUGCGAAAGAUUCAACCAUCGGCUCCAGUAAGCCCCUACAGCUGACAGAUAAAGUUGAUACGAAAACGGGACAAAUUGUAAUAUUCCGUCACGAAGAUUACGUGGUACCCUGUUGCGGAGCGAUUUCAGAAUGGAACGCAUACAUUAAGAACCCGGGAACCAUCCGGUUACAAGUAUGGCGCGGAUUAGGCACGGGGGAGUAUACUUUAGUUGGUGAAAAUUUAGCGACGUACCAUAAAAAGGAAGAAAAUAAUUUGAUUAAAGUGACUGUUGAAGAGGUAAAGCAAAUUGCAGUAAAGGAAGGCGAUCUCUUAGGUUGGUAUAACGAGGAUGCUCCAAUGAUUAGUUAUAAGAAGGACUCGAAAGCUGCAGGUGUUCUUAUAAAGGCUGUUAAGAAACCUAUGCUUGUUGAAGACAUUGUCGAUCUUUCAAGUGUUCAAGCUUCUGAUCCUAGAAGUUAUGCUAUAUCUGCCACAGUUUCUAAAGGAUUGAAACCAAAAUUUAAAAAUCUUCCAAGCAGUAUAACUAUCGUAAGUGAUCUGGCCCCGAAAACUGAAAUAUAUCAGCUAGGAUUUGAUGGCGUUGACGGAACGGAGGUUCCGGCGUCUUUUGCGGCAUUUCUUGACGACUUUUCGGAAUACUUUGCAUAUAAUCAGUCAAAGAAUUCGGUUUAUAUAAAACGUACUCCUCCAAAGGAGAAAUAUUCUCUAAGUUUUACCGUCAAAGACUUGUGCGGCAAUACGGACACUAAGGCGUUAAAGAUUGAAGUGAUUACUAAACUCCCGGCUAUUUUGAAUUUGCCUUUCGCCGUUUCUGUACGUGAAGAUGCGCAUAAUGCAGAGAUAGUACUUCACGAGAUUGAGGUGGUACAUACGGGACCCACUGCUUGCAGCUUAAAGGGCGUUGAGCCCGUUGCCGGACGAAAAUAUUUUCUCGUUCGGAACAGCAAUGGCUCGGCACCGGUAGUAAUCCUUAAAGCCACCGCGCAUUUGAGCUAUGCCCAAGAAGAUUCAUAUGAACUGUUUAUUAAAUGUGCGGCUGGAAAAGAAUCAGACAUCAACAGUUUAUUUGUAAAUGUGGAACCGAACAAAGCGCCGAUAUUUAUGAACUUACCAGCUACAGUGCCCGUCCACGCAGACAAGGGUAUCAUCGGCGGGCUUAUUUUCCAUAUACUGUACCAAGACGAGGAAGAUAAUCCUGUUUUCUACAACAUAACGUGCGAUCCGGAGCCUUGUCCAUUUGACGUCACUCAAGGUGGAAGCAUUAUGGUAACCGAUGACUUACGAACUGCCAUUUCAAAUAUUUACUAUAUCGAAAUUAGCAUAGAGGACCAUUUUAAUGUAGCCGGGCCCGAGGUGCUUAUUGUGAACAUAACCGGCCUGAAUAGUCCGCCGAUAAUUUACAAUAUUCCUAACAAGGCAUCCGUGAAUUUACCUGAAAAUUCACCACCAGGGACGUCCGUUUUCCAAGUCCAAGCCAUAGACCAGGACGUCGAUGAUAAUUUAACGUUUUCUUUGAACGCAAAACCUACUAAUAUGAUACCACUGUUUUCAAUUGACGAAUUCACAGGUGUGAUCCACGCCCUUGUUCCAUUCGACUAUGAAGGUUUAAAAUCUAAAAAUAUCAAACUUUAUCCUAGUGUUUUCGACGGCCAGGAUACAUAUCAAGGAAACAUAAAACUGUCAAUCAUUGACGUAAAUGAACCACCUGUAUUUCAGUAUCCGAAUUAUACGAUUUUCACAUCGGAGAGCGGACCUGGGAAAACGGUUGUUAAAAACAGAAUCAAAGCAAAGGAUAAUGAUAAAGGGGAUGUAAUUAUUUAUGGUCUCAAUUGUGGGGAAGAAACCGAUCUAUUUUUAAUAAAUGAGCACAGUGCGGACAUUGAACAAUCGUAUGAACUUGAUGUGGACAAACUCGGCGUCCCGGAACACGAGAUAUUCUGCAUAGUUACGGCCACCGAUAGCGUAGGACAGAUGUCAAAUGCAAGUGUGCGCUUUGUCAUCACUGACGAAGACGACAACGCUCCUGAUUUUAUUCAAACCAGCUAUCUAUUUAUAGCAACAAAAGAUCUUCCGAUAUUUUCUAUCGUUGGUCAAGCAUAUGCGGUAGAUCUCGACACGACGUCGGUGAAUAGCAAACUAUUUUAUUACAUAGAACAAGAGACAGACGAAUUUGUAACAGACGACAAUGGAACUAUUCAUCUAACGACAGAUCUUACGAAUACUGAGGUUGGAACAAUGUUCAAAUUUACGAUGCGUGUUGAAGAUGGACAGGGUAAGAAAGAUGCUGCUCCUGUUACAGUGGUAGUUCUUGACGGGGACUAUAACACAGUUAUUUCAUCUUUGGUUGCCAGGCCGUUGACCUUUUUCGAUAUGCCCGAAAAUAUUGUAUGGUUUCUCACCACCAUAUAUUUGUUGCUGGUAUUAUUCGGUUUACUUUUAUAUUUAUGCGGACGCUCUGUUCGUUGCAGUAUUGAUAUUCAACCUAGAUCAAGAGAGAGUAGAAGGGGUAAGGAAGAUAGCUAUUUAAAGGGAUUCAUACUCAAUAACCUUCUCAGGAGUAAAAGCAGUUCUCGAAGAUCAAGUAUCGUUUCAGUGAUACCAUUCGAACAAACGCCUUAUCCACUCAGGACCAUAGAAUACGAGUAUCAUAAAAAUUCAAUGACAGGGUCACACAUGUCGGAAACUUCCGCCAGAAAGAGAUCCACAAAAUCUUGCGCAGACGACAGUUCUGAGCGGCGCCUUUCUAUAAAUAAGAUAUCAAAUAGAUCGGCGGAAUCUGUUGCUAAGCAACCAAUUUCAUCUCUGAAUAACGGCGUCACUCCAGAUAAUGUAAUAGGAAGGAAUUCAGUUGUUUCGAAAAUGUCGUCCGUUGACCUCCCAUCCGUGCAAUCCCGUAUUUCGUUGUCGGACAUUUAUCCGACAGAGGAUCAUGCACCGUCACCUUGGAAACCAUGGGCUAUAUCAGACUUUAAGAAAGCAUUCAAAAAAGCGAAUACUAACGAUUCAAACUACUUGUCGAAACUACAGUCCAAAGGUGAUAAAUCGUAUACCGGUAAACGUAAGGCUAGCCUCAAUUUUUGAUAUUUAUUAACUCAA